AUGGGCCAGCCAAACAUCUCCUCGUCCAGCAAUGCUGUCGGGGUAUACUCCUCGACGACCGAUUCGUCCUAUACAAGGUCGGCCACGACCUACACUACUCCUACCGAAGAGUCCCCGCUAUUUAUACAGCCCGAUCCCCGUCAGCAAGAUGAAGAACGCAAAGCCGAGAACAAUGAAAUUCCCGAUGGAGGUCUUGUGGCCUGGACACAGGUCCUGACUGGACACCUCGUGGUGUUCAAUGUAUGGGGCUAUAUCACAUCAUAUGGAUUUUUCCAGGAAUAUUACGUCAAGACCCUAGAUGUCAGCCCAGCCAAUGCAUCCUGGAUCGGAGCGGUGCAGAUGUUCCUCGUCCAUUUCCUGGCCACAUUGUCCGGCCGGGCGAUGGACGCGGGCUAUCUCCGACAAUGCAUCGCCCUUGGUUGUCUAUUCCAGUUUGCUGGUGCGCUUGGCACGUCCUUUGGAACGAAGUUGUGGCAUUUUUGGCUCGCGCAAGGCAUUGUCAGUGGAAUCGGCCACGGACUCGUCUUCAGCCCCAUCAUCUCACUGUAUGCGACAUACUUCAGCUCUAAGCGAGUCAUGGCAGUCUCGCUGGCUUCAUGUGGCGCAGCAACUGGGGGUAUGGUUUUCCCCGUGGUCGCGUAUAAGUGUCUUGACAAGAUUGGAUUCGCAUGGACGGUCCGGAUCAUGGCGGCCAUUAUCCUGGUCAACAGUAUCAUCAUUGUCAAAUUCACCAGGUCUCGGAUUGUACCUCGCAGUCCCCCUCCCUGGGUUGAUUUUAGUGCAUUCCGUGAACGCCCUUACCUCCUAUUUUCGAUUGGUUCGUUCCUGAUCUUCGAGGGUAUCUACUUCGCAUACAUCUAUUUGAGACAAUACGCGCAAGCUCAUACAGGAUUUACAGCAUCCGAUUCACUUCUCCUUCUGAUCCUGAUGAACGGAGUUGGUGUUCCAUCUCGCAUCGCAUCGGCAUUCGUGGCAGACCGGUGGCUGGGUGCGGUGAGGACGUGCAUUGCAGUCUCCAUCCCUUGCGGCAUCGCCAUUCUCGGAUGGAUUGGUGUUCACACUCACGUUGGCAUGUUCAUCUGGGCCACGAUCUACGGAUUACUGGUCAAUUGUGCGCAGAGUCAAUUGCCCGCUGCCAAUGCAUACUUUGGAUCUAAAGACCCGGAAAAAUCCGGCACACGUGUGGGCAUGAUCACCACGAUCAAUAGUAUCCCACUGCUGACAGGACCAUACAUCGCAGGACAGCUGAUCGCCCUGCGAGGGGGUGAUUACCUUUACGCGCAACUGUUUGGAGGCAUUUGCAUCUUGACUGGAGCAUUGUUUGUCGUCGGGUCUCACUUUUCGGGAGCCUAA